CCCCCCAAACCCCCCCACACGCAGCACUAGACCCUCGAGAGGGAAAGGAAAAAUCUCACACCCGCCGGAGCCACUCUGUUCCCCGGUGAGUUAACUCGUUACUCACUCAGAUACCGAUACUUCCCUAUAUCGGGAGAGAGGCCCGCAUACGGAAUUUUGAUUUGUAGAAGAACGAGGAGAUGGGUUCGGAGCUGAUUUUCAGAGGCCAUGAGAGCCAACCCGCGUCGGACACGUACUCGCCGAAGCGGCCGAAGCCGUGGCUCUCCGUAACGCGUCCGAUUCGGUACAUGCUUCGGGAGCAACGGCUCGUCUUCGUCCUCGUUGGCAUUGCUAUAGCGACCCUCAUUUUCAGUCUCCUCCCCUCCUCCUCUCCGCCCAGAGUCUCGUACGGGCACGGAUAUGUCCCGAUCCAUGAGACCAACUUCAACUCCGACCCGAACCGGAUGCUCCACGACAGGCCCGCUCUUUACGAGCACCGUUCCGCCUUCCAGAUGUACAACUCGGGCGGGAAGGUACCUCUGGGGCUGAAACGCAAGGGGCUCCGGAUCGUGGUAACGGGUGGGGCCGGGUUCGUCGGGUCCCAUCUAGUGGACCGUCUGAUGGAGCGAGGAGAUAGCGUGAUCGUCGUCGAUAACUUCUUCACGGGUAGGAAAGAGAACGUGAUGCACCACUUCGGGAACCCCAGGUUCGAGCUCAUCCGGCACGAUGUCGUCGAGCCUCUCCUGCUAGAAGUCGACCAGAUCUACCACCUCGCUUGCCCUGCCUCUCCCGUCCACUACAAGUUCAACCCCGUCAAGACCAUCAAGACCAAUGUGGUGGGAACCCUGAACAUGCUUGGGCUGGCAAAGAGGGUCGGUGCUCGGUUUUUGUUAACGAGCACCAGUGAGGUGUACGGAGAUCCCCUGCAGCACCCCCAGGUCGAAACCUACUGGGGAAACGUCAAUCCCAUCGGUGUUAGAAGUUGUUACGAUGAGGGAAAGCGUACAGCUGAAACGUUGACCAUGGACUAUCAUAGAGGUGCAGAAGUUGAGGUUAGGAUUGCGAGAAUAUUUAACACCUACGGGCCUAGAAUGUGCAUCGAUGAUGGUCGUGUCGUUAGCAACUUUGUUGCCCAGGCAUUAAGAAAGGAGCCUUUGACUGUUUAUGGUGACGGGAAGCAGACUAGGAGCUUCCAAUAUGUAUCUGACCUGGUGGAGGGUCUGAUGCGCCUUAUGGAAGGAGAACAUGUGGGACCUUUCAAUCUUGGAAAUCCGGGUGAAUUCACCAUGCUUGAGCUUGCUCGUGUGGUCCAGGAAACAAUUGACCCGGAUGCAAAGAUAGAGUACAAACCCAACACAGAGGAUGACCCACACAAGAGGAAGCCUGAUAUCACCAAGGCUAAAGAGCUACUUGGUUGGGAACCAAAGGUGGAACUUCGCAAGGGCCUUCCUCUGAUGGUCUCGGACUUCCGGAAACGCAUCUUUGGAGACCACAAGGAAGGCGUUUCCACAACCACCAUGUAAUUCUAAGCCACCAUAUAUAGUUUUUAAGGGUGACAGAGGAAAAUGAUCAUUGUCUGGGGAAUAGGUUUUCCCCGUACCGACAAUACAGCAACAACACCAGAAACAGCAGAGCAGCAUGCGAUAUCGUUCUCCGUCUUUACAGUAGGUAUUUAGAGGUGUACCUUGUGGCAUUUUAUUUUAUCCGAGGUUUGGAAUUUCUGGGUUAAUUCCCCUUUGCCGCUUAAAUAGAUUGGUGAUUCCCAAAGUUCUUAA